AUGGCCAAAAUCAAUGUCAUUUCCCUCUUUCAUUUUUCAACUCUCCAAACCCAACUCUACUAUUUUCUUUUGUAUAUAAAGCCUAUUACCAAAACCAUUAUACACCAAAAAAACCCCACAAUAUCUUAGUACUUGGAAACAAUUUUAUUUUACCAAAAAUAAAAUAAAAUAUACCCAACUUUUCCUUUUUCUUCAUGGCUUCUUCUUCUCUAACAAUUUCCCCAAGAAAGCUUCGUUCAGAUUUAUAUUCCUUUUCAUACCAACAAGAUUCUAGCACACCAUUAGUAAUAAAUGUUCUAGCUUCACUUAUUGAGAGAAGCAUGGCUAGAACAAAGAGAAUAGUUAAGAAUUGUUCUAGUUCUUUGUCCAAAGCAAUUAGCACAAACAUCUUUGAUUGUAGGGAGAUCCCAGAUAUGACAAUUCAAUCAUACCUAGAGAGAAUUUUUAGGUACACUAAAGCAGGACCUUCAGUUUAUGUUGUGGCAUAUGUUUAUAUUGAUAGGUUUUGUCAGAUCAAUCCUGGAUUUAGAAUCAAUGCAAGAAAUGUUCAUAGACUUCUCAUUACAACUAUCAUGGUGGCUUCCAAAUAUGUUGAAGACUUGAACUACAGAAAUUCGUAUUUUGGAAGAGUUGGUGGAUUGACAACUAGUGAGCUAAACAAGUUGGAGCUUGAAUUCCUUUUCAUGAUGGGUUUCAAAUUACAUGUAAAUGUGAGUGUUUUCGAGAGUUAUUGUAGCCAUUUAGAGAGGGAAGUUGGAAUUGGUGGAGGAUACCACAUUGAGAAGACACUUCGUUGUGCAGAAGAAAUUAAAGCAAGACAUAAAGAAGAAAUUAGGGGAUAUACACAAAUUCCCCGUGUCACAUUAUAAUCCUUUUUUCAACCAUCUUAAUUUAUGUGAAGUAUAGUUUUAAAUUGCAGUUGUUGUGGUGACGCCGCAAACGAUUAUGUUGUGGGAUGUAGACAAAUAUAGUUGAUGCGAUGAUCCAAUUGCAAAGAUUUCAAAAUCUACAAUAUUACAACCGCAAUUGAAGUUGUUGUCUGCAAUUUAAAACUAUGGUGUGAAGUAUCUAUCAAUUUUGUCAAUGUCCGAACUCUUCUCAAAGUCAAAUUGUCACUGACCAUUGUGUUGAGUGUCAUCUCUCAACAAUCUACAAAGAUCGAACUCGAAAUCAUACGACAUUUGAGUCAAGUUCUUCUCAUUUCAACUUGCUUACAAAUAUGUAAGGCUACUUUUGUGUAUAGAUGAAGGUAUAAAAAUAAGUGUUUGUUGUGGUCUUGACUUGAGCAAAUAGGGAUAUCAAGAGCACAUUCAAAUCAUGAGAAAUGUACAAAUUUGUUUUGUUUCUUCACAUGCAAACAAUAUAUUUUCUCCAAAGAUUUUUGCUUAUUUUAAAUAGGAGAAAUAGGUGAAUGCAAUUUGUGGGCACGAAAAUUAGCAGGAUGGCUCAUGGCAUGUUCAAUUGUGUGUAUAAAAUCAUAUGUGGAAAUGUCCAGAUGAAUGGAUAUAUUUUUUGUUCAA